AUGCUCGCGCCGCUGUACCCGUCAAUAUCGAUGGACGCGCACGCCGUCGAGCUCGCGUCGUAUAUCCUCUUCCCUCCGCCGCCCAGCCACGGCUCGCCUUCCCUUCGGUCACUCAACGGUAGGCUUUUCUCUCCUCCGAUCCCGCCCGUUCGUACUAACUCCUCCCUCGUCCCCGCCCCUGUCCUCGCCCCUAUCCCCGCCCCUGUCCCCGCCCCUAUCCCCGCCCCCGUCCCGUGCCCCGCCCCCUGUUCCCCCCCGCUAUCAUCCUUCUGCGUUUGCCUUCCCUCCUCUCGCCCCCGCGCUUCCCGCCCGUCCUUCCUCCGCAGCUUCCCUUGCGCCAAUGUUUCCCUCACCCCUCUUUCCCGUCGCCCUCCGCACGCUCCCGCUCUUCCCCCACGCCCUCCCCUCCCCUCCCCUCCCGCCCGUUCCCCAGGUUCCGCCGGAGGGCCCUCCGCACCCACUAGCUCAUCCGCGGCGGCGCAACUGGCGCGCCAGGCGGAGGCGGAAGAACCUCUGCUAUUCGCGGAACGGAUUUCCGCGCAGGCGCGGGGCGGGUUGGCGGGGGAAGCGAUGGGGGGAAUCGACGGGCAUGUGGGGAGGGAAGGGGUGGAAGGGGGAGCUGAAGAGCGGGCCGCGGGGAGGGCGGAAGGAGCAAUGGUAGGGGAAGGGGAAACGGGGGAUAAAGUAAAGGCAGCAGAGGGAGAAGGGGUAGGAGGAGGAGGAGGAGGAGGAGGAGGAGGAGGAGGAGGAGGAGGAGGAGGAGGAGGAGGAGGAGGAGGAGGGGAGGAGGGAAGAGGAGGAGAGGAGGGAGGAGAUGGGAAGAGUGAGAGGUGUACCAGCAGCAUAAAGUCACUUCAGCUUCUCACUACCUGGUCUUCGCCUCCCCCACCGCCCAAUCCACUUCUCCAUCGCACCCCCUCCCUCCACCGCACCCCCUCUCUCCACCGCAGUUCUCCCCUUCACCGGGAAUUAUCCCUCCACCGCAAUUCGCCCCUGCACAGGGAGCUAUCCCUUCACCGCUCUUCACCACUUCACCGUGAAUUGUCUCUCCAGCGCGGUUCUCCCCUCCUACGGGCCCAGUGGUUUGGGACGGCAGAUGUCUAUCAGCUGUGCGGAGCGGUUGCCGGAAAAGGUGGGGGGAAGGGGCGCACUGGGGGGAGGGGCGGAGUGGGGGGAAGAAGGGGAGGCAGGGGAAGGCGCUAUUGCAGGGGGAAAGAGAUUGGGGGAGCAUGGGGAGGGGCAGGGGAAGGGAGAGCGAGAGUGUGGGGAAGAAGGCGGAUGGGGAAGGGGGAAGGGCGGGAGUGGGGCGGAAAAGGGAGAGCUUGGUGGUGGGGGGGGGGGGCUGCUGAGCAUAGUGGGAGUGAAAUGGGCGGCAGUGGCAUGGGGAUGGGCGGCAGUGGUGCUGCCUUGGCCCGCACUGGUGUUGGCGUGGGCGGCAGUGGGAGCAUAGGCGCGGCGUGGCGGCGAAUCAUGGGGAAUACGAGCAAGGAAGGGGGGCUGUACGAUGGUGGCAAGGCUGGUGGUGUGGGUGUGAGCACAGGCACAGGCAUGGGCAUCUCCCUUCCGCCGCCCUUCCCCUACAAGACGCUCAAGCCUCUCACGCCCAUCCAUCCCACACUCAUACCUCCCACGCCCAUGCCCCCCAUUUACACCCGUCCAAACUCUCGAUCAACUGGUCCUGCUGGUGCUGCUGGUGGGGGUGCUGCUGCCACCAUGCGUUUCCCUCUCUCCCGAUCCACUGGCUCAGAGGGCGGUUCAGCAGGGGGAGUAAGUGGGAGGCCGGGAGGAGCUGGUAAGGACCUAUGGGGAGGGAUGGAGGUGGGAAACGGCCUGCCUGCUGCUCCCGCUGGUACGAAUGUUUCCCCUGUUGCCGCUGGUGCUGCUGGUGCUGCUGGUGCCGCUGGUGCUGCUGGUGCCGGUGGUACGACCAUGCGUUUCCCUCAGUCUCGAUCCAUAGGUUCAGAAGGCGGGUUGACAGAUGGAGAAAGCAGGAGGCUGGGGUUGACUGGGGCCGUGGUAGGGUUGGGUAACGAGGUGUGGGGAGGGGUGCAAGUGGGUAAGGGAGUGCACGGAGGGGUACAAGGGGGAAUUGAUCUGAACCAAGUGCGGCUGAGCCCUGGACCACAGAUAGGAACGCUGGGCAUGAGUGUGGGGGACAAUGCAGCGGGUGGGGGAGGGGGAGGAGGGCCAGUGGGCGUGGGGGAAGGGGUACAGGGCGCACAGGGGAUGGGGGAAAGGGUAGGGGGCGCAAUGGGGAUGGGGGAAGGGAUUGGGGGAGCAAUGGGGAUGGGGGAUGGAGAUAUGGGUGCAGGAUUUCUGCGGCUUGUGGGGGGGAGUCUGGGGGGAGCGGGUACAGUGGAAGGAGGGGCGUUGGCAGCACUGCUGGCGAGUGUGUUGGGAGGGGGCAGUGGGGGGAAGCUUCCAUUGGGCCUCACUGAUAGUGCUGCUGCUUUGGGCCUCACUGGGAGUGCUGUUGCUGCUGCUGCCAGCAGUGCUGCCACAUGCUCUGCUGGGCUCAAUCCAGCCGUUGGAUUGAGUUCCACUGGGCUUAAUCCAGCCGUUGCCCCACCUACUGCUGCAGGCACUGCACCCAACCAGCAGCAGCAGCAGCUGCAGCAGCAGCAGGCAGGAAGCGCUGUGAGACAGUCCCUGAGUAGCAACUCGCUGACCACCACCACUGCCACCCCCAAUGGCAUCACAACCGCUGCUGCCCAUGUGGGGAGAGGAGGGGGGGGCUGGUCGGGGUCGGGUUUGGAGGAGGAUGGGGAGGACAGCACCGGCGAUUCAGAGCGAGGGGAAGGGGAGGAGGAGGAGGGUGGGGAAGACCUGGGGCUGAGAGGGGUGGGACGGCCGGGUCCCAGGAGGAAGAGUGGUGCAGUCACCAAGCCGUGUGCUGCUGCGCGGAAGCGGAGGGACCGCAUAUCGAGGCACAUCCGCACUUUACAGGGGCUGGUGCCCUCGUCCACCAAGACAGAUGCCGCCACGGUGCUGGCUCAGACCAUCCGCUACCUGCGCGGCCUCGAGAGCCAAGUAUCGGAGCUCAAGGCCAAAGUGGGCGCAUUGGGGGGCAGCAGCUCCCAGGCAGAGUAA